AUGACAAACAACCCACUUUUCGAGGAAGAACUUGCGGACGAGCUACAAGAUGUUGAUGACCUUCAGGAUUUGGAGGGUUUGGAGGCAUUGAAGAAGAAUGGCAUAAAGUUUACCCCGUUCAAGUUCGUCAGAAAUGAGCUUCCCAUGUGGAAGCCUGGUGAUGUUUUUAAGCACAGAGAUUUCUUUUAUGACGUGUUGAGGCAGUACGCAAUAAUGUCAAGAAGGCGGGUGCACGUGAAAAGAAACGACGGCGACAAAAUUCGUGCGAUUUGUAAAGGGCAAGGAUGUGAUUGGUAUGUGUACUUGAGGAAGCACGAAAUACACAAUGGUCAUGAUUAUGUAGUGUUGAAUAUGCAACGCGAUCACGCGCAUACAUGCUCUCAAGUAUUGGAUUCGAAGUGGCUGACGGCCAAGUGGCUAGGGGAACGUUAUAUGGAGAAGAUCAAAGCUAACCCUCAUAUUCCGCUUGCAGCUAUACGGCAAUGCGUCGAUGAAGAUUUUGGCCUGAAGAUAGGUAGGAUGAAGGCAUAUCGGGCCAGAGAGCACGCAGUGGACGGCAUUUUCGGCUCUGCGGCGUCCCAAUACAGACACUUGUUCUACUAUAAAGCCGAAUUGGAGCCGACGCACCCUGAAUCCAGCAUUCAUAUACAUUAUGAGAAUAUGAGGGAAUCUGGUGCCGUUGGACCGAGAUUCAUGAGGUUUUACUGCUGUCUAGGGCCACUGAAAAAAGGAUGGAAGGAGUUAUGUCGCCCGAUUAUCUUCUUCGACGCUUGUUUCUUGCGAGGGAUGUACAAAGGCCAGCUAAUGACAGCAAUGGGGAUUGAUCCCAACAAUGGCUGGUGGCCGAUUGCUUGGGCGAUGACUGAGGCUGAGAGUUAUGUCCAGUGGAAGUGGUUCGUGGAGUACUUGGCCGAUGACCUAAACUUGCAUGCAAAUAGGCCACGGUAUGUAUUUAUGUCUGACCAACAAAAGGGCCUUGCAAAGUUGCUUGCUGAGGAAUUCCCACAAAGCGAGCAUCGCUUUUGUGUUCAGCACAUAUACAACAAUUUUAAGAAGAGAUUUGUUGGUGAAGAUUUCAAAGACCGGUUGUGGGAGAUUGUCUCGAGUACCACCCUCGAAUAUGCACACCAGUGGCUUUCUGGAGUAGCUCCCAAAGAAAAGUGGGUCAAGGCCUUUUUCUCUCCACACACCUGUUGUGAUGUGAUCCUGAACAACAUCUGUGAGACAUUCAAUUCGAAGAUUGCAUUGGCUUGCGAGAAAGCAAUUAUCAGCAUGUUGGAGGACAUUCGAACAAGUCAAAUGGAAAGAAUUCAGAUCAGAGGCCAAUGGAUCAAAAGCUACGAUCACGCAGUCCCGCCUGUUAUCAAGGAGCUUGUUGAUAAGUGGUUCGCGAGGGCUUCAUCGUGGAGGGCUACAUGGAACGGACAGUCUUCGUACCAAAUUGUGGCAGCUAACCGGAAUCCCGUGCACGCAUGCUAUCGCAACUAUCAACAAGAAUGGCGACGACGUGACGCGAUUCGUUUCCUGAUACUAUUUGAAGUCAACAAUGAUCAUGCUGUACGAGAAUGUCCUCUACCCCAUCAAUGGGGUAGCCAGUUGGCUGAAGAGUACUGCGGAUGGUUCAGUGGAAAUGGCGCCCCCGAGGUCAAAGUGACAGCGUGGUAG